AUGGCUUCAGAGCAGGGGCAAUGCCAGGCUCUGCGGCGCUCUGAUGAGCAGAGAUGCCAGAAUGAAGCCACACAUGCAAAUGGCCUCUUCUGCGGGCUCCACUCCAAAGAGGCCUUUAGUCUCUACAAGGGUUACAAACGACGCAAUGCCCGGCUGGAUUCUCUGGACGACGAUGCCCCUAAGUAUCUGAAGGACUCUCGAGUUGCCCUCGCCAACGACACAUUCGAGACCAUCGAGGACAAGAAGACGUUGGAUGAUAUUCAACGUCAUCUGCGCAAAAAGUAUGUUCUGCUCGGGCAGGUCAUCGAUGCGCGCAAGCUUCACCACAAACACUUCUACUCUCUCAACAUGGACUAUGGGCACGAAGCAUAUCUCAACAAGCUUAUCACCCAACGUCACACAGUUUACCUGGCUCUGCGGAGAGUCAUCAAGCAAACUGCAAAAGUACUCUACCAAAUGGAGCAAUGGUAUGCUUGGGUUCGCGAAGUCCAAGAAGAGGAGGAAGCUUCUCAGGAGAAGGAGCAGAAGAAGGUCAAGCAGGAAGCUGCCCUGUUCAGGCGUAAUGUCAAGGAGUUACAGGCCCGACUGAAGGUCAUGCGAGAAAAGGAGGAACAGAAGCGUCAAGAUGCCUUCCUCGAGGACGCUUAUCGCGAGCGCAUGGCCAUGUCAGAAGACGAGGACAACGACGAGCUAUGGGAUCCUAUCGACGAUGUGGAAUACGAAAAGCGGUACCAGUACAUCGAUCUGAUCAAGUACUUCCUCUGGAUGGACAUCCUGGACGACGAGGAGAGGAGCGAUCCAAAGCUCGAGACUAAGACGGAAGAGCUUUCUCUUGCUGAUGAGCCUCAGGCUCCCUCCAAGAAACCGAAAAAGAAGAAGGCAAAAGGAGGCUCCCAUGCUGCUGCACGCAGCUCUGCGGAUACGGCUGUCAAGGGCCAAACCGGCCAGAGGAAGCUCCUGGCAAUGCAAGAGAGCGGACAAACCGAGGGGACGGAGUUGCGAGAGCCGGAUAAGAAGAACAUCGAGACGGAACAGGAGAUGAGGAAGCGUCUGAGCCAAGGAGUCAAGAAGAACUACGAGAACUGGUUGAGGGAAGGCCCUGGUAUGAGCAUCCGGAUAGUUGGUACCUUGGAAAACCCUCACGAGACCAUGGACAGGACGGCGCCAAUGACGGAUGACGAGAUCGACGAGAUAGUCAGGGACGUCAAAGAGAUCAAGCUUCUCCUAUUCUGCCGCCUGAUCCUUGGGCAAGCACCCAUACUACCCGCUGCGGUACGAGCCAGCAGCGUCGAGGAGUUCCUCAACGACGCCGAGGUUGCCGAGUCCGACCUACGAGAUCUCUGUUUGAAGGUGGUGGAACCUACUCUCCAACAGAUACGAGAUGCUUGUGCCGAUUUCGCCCGUGGAGACCAGGUGGAAGAUGACCCGGAAGACGUAACGGACGACGACAAUGAUGAGACGUUUGAAGAGCUUAUCAGCGAAGAUAAAAGAUACAAGCACCUCCAUACCGACGACUGGUUGCUCGAAAAGGUUCUCGACAUGGCCGAAAAGACAGACAGGAAGCAGAAGAAGACUAAGGCAAAGCGUCAACGAGUUAAAUCUAAGACUCGCCCACGCAAGACAAAGGUCACCAUCUGUGGCAAAAGCAUCUGGAACCACGCCAGCGAGAAGGCCAUAUCUCGAGACGGUUGGCUUCAGUUCUCUGUCAUCGCAAAGGAUUGUGACUUCAAGCAUGCCAUCCAACUCUGCCGAAAUUGGGCCGAGUUCUCAGAUCUCAACCUCCUGACCAUCUGGCAGUACUUCCCUGCUUCGAACUGGAUCUCUUGGGGCUGCAACAGGUUCAUUCAGCAACUCCAGGAGCUGGGAUUCUACCCCUACUUCAUGGACCUCGAUGCUCAACAACACAGUCGUCAUUUUCAGACAGGCAGCCGAAGCCGAGCCCGGCGUGCGCAUGAUAUUGUCGAGACCAGAAACAUCAUCGUCGGUCACAUGAAACGGAACGAUCCUGUGACUCGACGCUUUCUGCAGUAUCUCAUGAUGCGGACCGGGGAGGUCUUGAUUAUGGUACGAGACGGCAAGACUGGCCGUGUCAUCACCGCACCUCCCGAGGAACAUCUUUGGACUUAUCGCAAAAAGCAAGGCUUUGGGGCGGCUUCCAAGAACGAGUGGCAGAAUAUUCUGGAGGUGGGACCUGACUACUGUGCCUUGACAGACCGACUCCGACAAUGGCGGUUUGGAUUUGACGACUAUUACGACGUCUUUAUCUGGGACUUUGUGCCUGGCCAAACUCCCACCCAAACGUACAACGUCGUCAUUACAGAACUUAGAUUCGCUUGGCGCAUCGCCCAUCCACGCGACAUGUAUGCACACAUGGAACCGCUCUUACGAGGCCUGACGAGAGAGAAGGACACGAUGCGCACUCGCAAGAUUAAGCCAGGCGAGGAGGUCGACAGUCUCUGGGACACGGUGAUGGAUGAAAGAAACGAGUUCCGGCUCUUCGAUAUCAAGGAAGAUGGUAUGAGUUCUCGCUCUGGCUCCGAACUAGCCCAGUCACCGUACCUGUUCUACAACGAGGCCAACGCUGCUGAGGACCAGGUCCUGUUUCCGGAUGAGCUGACCUCUAAAAAACGGAGCGUGCCUUUCCGAGAGAUCAGGAACGGCGUCAGCCGCAUCACGGAUGGCAUCACGCCCAGCACUACCCUUCAUCUCGCCAAAGGUGUCGAGGCAAUCAUGCAGGGCAAAGACCCUGUGAAGGCUCUUGAUGCUUUAAGCGACCAAAUUGAAGACAGCAUCUGGGCCAUGCCGACGGUAUGGACGACCGCGAUGAACCAGGUCCGUCAAGAGAAACCUUCAGGAGAACAACUUGAGCUCCUCAAGCGUACCGGGCUGUAUGCCACACAUAAGAGUGUAUCGUUCAGCCAUCGACUUGAAACCGCAGACCAGAUGGAGGUCAUGGAACGAGACAGAUCUUUUGAAUUCAAGAAGACUUUUCACGCUGGCGACCUCGAACAGGGAGCCAACCAGAACUUUCAAGAUGUCCAAGACAAGAUCGCCACCAUGCUCAAAACCGUCCACAUGGGUCCGACUGACUGGGUCUUCUUUCUCGCCGAGAUUCUCGACUGGCUUGAGCUGCGAGGAGACUACGACGACUAUGUUCAGGACCCCGCUUACCCAUGGCCACACAGCUUCAUCGUCCAGGACUUGGUCCGGGCAUUCGCGGCCGUAGCCAUGUUCUUCCCGGAGCCAGACGCCGCCAAACAAAUCACCAUGUUCCUGAACUCGAAGCAGUGCGAGGACUUCAAGAACUCCCUCCUUUUUGACCCCAAGGAACGAAGUAAGACACGACCUGAUCGAAGGACCCGAACCAGUUACAAAUUUCGUGACAAAAAGUUCUGGAAUGAGUGGAAUGACUUCUUGAAGACCAAUAGCAAGAGUUAUUUCGCCGACGUGUACCCCCUUGAUUGGAGUAUUGCGAUCCGUCCUAUUAUAGCCCACUUGUACCAAGCUGGAGUGAUUGCGCCAGCGUACCUAGAGAAUGACACCCGAAUCAUCGCAGGAAUGGCCACGGCCAAGGCAGAGCCUCAUCGUCCCGACAAAUUGGAUUUGUUCAUUAACUACGAAGACCGCCAUGGCAACUUUCCAAUGCAGUACCCGCCCUCAUUUGUGGCCCCCGACAAAUGGAUACAACUGCUGCCUCUGAUCCAAAAGUUCGCCGACAGGCAUCCCAAUGCUCGCUUCGCCCUCCUGCGGCUCUGGUCGGCACCUCACUACUACCCUCUGAUGGUUGGGCUGCACAACCGCCAGUGCACCAGCUUCCUUGACAGCUGCGGCAGGUCAUGGGAGUGGAAGUUUGUGCCCAAGGACAUGCCGGGCAGCGAGUACAGUGUUCACCACACGACUGGGAAAAGGCUGCAGCUGCUGCUGGGAAAGUUUGGAGACCGUGUGGUGAGCCGUGGUGAUUUGAUUCUCGUCAUGGGAGAGGAUGCAGAAGAUUUGUUAAAACACUGCACGGCUGUUACGUUUGCUAUUCAGACAAAGCCGUGGCUGAGGGAGGUCGACUUGUGGAAGAGCUUUAUCAAUGUCGGUAUAGACUUUUUCCAAGACCUAGAUCCUUUUUACUUGGAGUAA